GGUUAAAAGCAAUAAAAGAAUAAUUUAUAACAGCAAACAGAGAAGAGUCCUACUCUUGAAUAUUUGGUUUCAAUGAAGAGAAGGGUGGGGGGAGCAUUCAUCCCCCCACGGGGGGAUAUUUACCUGUUGAACCAGUGAUUAUUCUUGCUUAAUGAUUUUUCAAAUUCUAAAGCACGUACAUUUAAUGCUUUUAGUUUUUUAUUUUUUUCUUUUAAUUUUGUGUAGAUGAAUAAGUUAUUGUGGUGGUCUUCUUGUCUUCUGGUUACAAAAGCGAGGGAUGGAAUUAAUCCUUCGAUUUGUGGCUGUGAACAAUGCGAUCUGUCUUACUUUAUGCAUUAAAUUAUUAUGGUGACCAAUUUCAAUAUGUUGAUAUUAUUCCGACGUUAUGUGCCUGCGUUGGAGGAAUUCCAGUACUACCCUGAUGACGGUGGCGUUGGGGCAUUCCAACUACAUCGAUGCCAGGUUCAGUCUUCGGGCUUGGCGUUGGUGUAGGCAGGUUUUCCUAUAAUGUGACAAUUCUUUUACGUGGUUUGGCACAGUACCCCGGGUGAUUAUCACGAAUCCUAAUCAACUAAAGGAGAUAUUUACCAAGAUCAACCAUUUUCAGAAAUCCAAGGCCAGAAAUCCACUUGUUAACUUAAUAGCAACUGGACUUCUAGAAUACGAGGGUGAGAAAUGGACUAAACAUAGAAGGAUUAUAAACCCAGCAUUCCAUCAGGAGAAAUUGAAGCUUAUGUUACCAGCAUUCUCUAAAGUUUGUAGUGAGCUGAUUAGCGAAUGGAAGAAGUUGGUUUCUGUAGAAGGAUCAUGUGAAAUUGAUGUAUGGCCGGAGCUUCAAAGAUUGACUGGUGAUAUGAUUUCUCAAACAGCAUUUGGAAGCAACUAUGAAGAAGGAAGGAGAAUAUUUCAACUCCAAACAGAACUAGUUGAUCUUGCAAUGCAAGCUGCACAGUCAUUUUACAUUCCAGGAUUGAGGCUUUUACCAACUAAGAGGAAUAAGAGAAUCAAGGAAAUUGACAAUGAAAUGCGAGCUUUACUCAUGGAUAUUAUUAAGAAUAGAGAGAAAGCAAUGAAAGCAAGUGAAGCUGCAACAAAUAAUGACUUACUAGGUAUUCUUAUGGAAUCCAAUGUUAGAGAAAUUAAAGAACAUGGAAACAACAAAAAUGUUGGGAUGACUAUUAAUGAGGUGAUUGAAGAGUGUAAGGUAUUUUACUUAGCCGGGCAAGAAACUACCACAGUUUUGCUUGUUUGGACUCUGCUUUUAUUGAGUAAGCAUCAGGAUUGGCAAGCUCGCGCAAGAGAAGAGGUGUUUCAAGUCUUCGGAGAUAACAAGCCUAACAACGAUGGGUUGAGUCACUUAAAAGUUGUCUCGAUGAUAUUGUACGAGGUACUGAGGUUAUAUCCACCAAUUGCAACUCUUCCUCGAGCUGUUUACAAAGACAUCAAACUUGGGAGCUUAUCGUUACCCCCUGGAGUAGAGAUCUUCUUGCCAGUUAUCCUUGUUCACCAUGAUAAGGGACUUUGGGGUGAUGAUGCAAAGGAGUUUAAACCAGAGAGAUUUUCGGAAGGAAUUUCAAAGGCGACAAAGAAUCAAGCUUCAUUUUUCCCUUUUGGAUGGGGUCCUAGGAUAUGCAUUGGACAAAACUUCGCUUUGAUAGAGGCAAAAAUAGCUUUGGCGAUGAUUCUACAAAAGUUCACGUUGGAGUUAUCUCCAUCCUAUGUUCAUUCUCCUCACAGAAUAAUUACUAUUCAUCCAGAGAACGGUGCCCAAUUGAUUCUGAAGAAAAUUGCUUGAAAACUUUCAGUUAUUGUCAAAUAAGAUUGGUGUCGAAAUGAUGGAACAUUAAUUAGCAUGCUGUUGUAAUUAAUUAAUAGCCAUAAAUAAUAUUUUAAUAGAUGGAUGAUUUGAGUUUGAGUUUA